AUGAAUGCAUUCUAUCAGCAGAGAGGAGGCAUCGCCUCCUUGACUCCCCCUCUCGACUGCUACACAACGGUGCAGCACCUCCAGCCAGCCGCCAGCUCUGGAACGACGACGAGCUGGUGCCGUCACUGCCACGCGGCUGAGGCCUCACCGCUUCUCCGCGGCAGCAUCCGUCAUCGCCGUCCAAGGCUCGGGGAGCGACAGCUGCUGCUCCGCGGUGAUCCUCGGGGCUCCGUCGCCUGCCGGGCAGCUCUUCUAAGUGCUGCAUUAGGGUGGAGGAUUUGCAGGCUGGACUUGCCCCCUUUUGGGUUGGGAGGGGACUUGGGCUGCCAAGUUGCUGUCUGAGACGGUUUGAUGCCUCGGCCCAACAGGCUGAUCGGAGAGGGCUGCGACUUCCGGCCCGGAAGAAGAGACAUCGAUGCCAUUUGUUCCAUGCAUAUUUCAUCUUUUUUUUUUUUUUUUGUUUCUUAGUUGUCAUUAAUUAAGCUUUGUUCUAAGUAUUGUAGUAUUUGAACAUUAGUUGCUCGUUAAUUGCAUAAGAAAUUUCUAUU